UUUAUUUUUAUAAAGCGUUCAGUCGGAUCGUGCUAACCAGUUAUGUAACGUGUGGCCCAUUAAAUUGCGGUAGUUUUCGAUAAUUAUUACACAAGGCAAGGCCGUUCUCUGGUCUGCUAGUAGGCUACUUACAGGCGAUACACUGAAGUUACAGUUCGCUAGAGGUUAACGCAAGCUGUGCACAUUGAACUCAGUGACUCUUGAACGUCGUUUGAAAGUGCAGCUGUAUGUUCAGAAACGCUUGGGGACUAAUUUAGAGACGAUGCGUGUUGCAGUCAUCGGAGCCGGGGUCAUCGGCCUCUCCACGGCGCAGUGCAUCUACGAGCGCUACCAUUCGCUGGUGAAGCCGCUGACCAUCGAGGUGUACGCCGACCGUUUCACGCCCCUCACCACCAGCGACGGAGCGGCGGGCUUCUGGCAGCCGUACCUCCACGACAAGGGAAAAGCCCUGGAGACCAAAUGGAAUAAGGAGACAUUUGACUACCUGCUGAGCUUCCUCUCCUCUCCCGACUCCAUCAAAAUGGGAAUUUUUCUCCAGUCGGGCUACAACCUGUGUACUGAGCCCGCCCCGGAUCCUUCGUUUAAGGACAUUGUGCUAGGUUUCAGGAAGCUGACCCCACGUGAACUGGAGUUGUUUCCAGGAUACAGCUAUGGAUGGUUCAACACGGCUCUCAUGGUUGAGGGAAAGACCUACCUACCGUGGCUCAUGGAUUGGUUAAAGGAGCGAGGCGUGAAGUUCUAUCAAAGGAAGGUAGAGUCUUUCAAAGAGCUGGCUGAAUCAGGACCGGACGUCAUCAUAAACUGCACAGGGGUGAGAUCGGGGGACCUCCAGCCCGAUCCAGACCUCCAGCCGGGACGUGGGCAGAUCAUAAAGGUGGACGCGCCCUGGCUGAAGCACUUCGUUCUCACGCACGACUUCAAAACCGGCGUCUACAACUCGCCCUACAUCAUACCCGGGAGUCGUUUGGUCACAGUAGGUGGAAUAUUUCAGCUGGGGAACUGGAGUGAAAUGAACAACUCAACUGACCACAAGAAAAUCUGGGACGAAGUUUGCAGUUUAGAGCCUAGUCUCAAGCACGCCAGAGUGGUGGAGGACUGGUCAGGACUGAGGCCCGUACGCAGCAAAGUGCGCCUGGAGAGGGAGACCUUGGCCUUCGGACCGUCCACCUGUGAGGUGAUCCACAACUACGGCCACGGGGGCUUCGGGCUGACCAUCCACCGGGGGUGCGCCCUGGAGGCCGCCCGGCUCUUCGGCGAGAUCCUGGAGAAGAAGGGCGCGACCGUGCGGUCCCGCCUGUGAAGGCCCGGGGGGGGCGGGG